CAAUCAUCGUCAUCCUUUUAAUCAAAAUAUUUAUAUGGUGUUUCCACAAUAAAUUUACGAUUGUUUUUGGAAUACAUUAAACAAUCUUAGUUGUCAUAAAGUUUUGCGUGAAGAAAAUUUGACUGGUACAAUAAUGACGGAAACAAACGGAGAUACCAAACCUAAAGUAUCCGAGCUGGAGCAUGAUUUAGAAGUUCAGGCAUUCAAUGAAUUUCAGAAAGCCGACUAUUCAUCAUGUUUGCAAACGUUGCUCAAAUUGCAAAAAUCACAAGAAUCAAACCCGAAGGUUAUUCAUAACCGAGCUGUUGCUGAAUUUUACAUGAGUGAUCUGCGCCGAUAUGAUCAAUUCCGGAAAACGAUGGUUCAAAUAACGGAACUGGUUGGUGAAAUUCAAUCGGUGAAUGUCAAGCACCCCGAGCUGGCUGCGGCUUACGUGAACCAGGCAAUGAUUCUGUACCAUUUCAAGCAACCAUUGGCUGCUUUGAAAAUUAUUCUGGCCGUCAUGAGCCAUUUCGAUCAGCUGGACGAUUAUUUGCUACGCAAGGCAGGAAUUUUCACCGUCCAUUUGCUUUUGGACACCAAUCAACCCAAAAAGGCAAACGGUUUGCUGGCAAUGCUGCAGGCUCGGUUGAACAUUCGGGUGCAGGAAAUUUUGAGCUCGGACGACGAAGAUGAACGGCCAGUCGAUAAUGAAAGUCGGAAGGACAUAUCGGAAAUUCAAUUCGAAGAGUUUCGGAAAGAAUUUCGACUGAUACUAAUAAGGUCCAAUUUGCUGAACGGAAAAAAGAAUUUUCUGAUUCCAUGUGAAGACACUUCCGAGUAUUCGGUAUUGAAAGGGCAUCAAUAUUACCUGGGAAACGACUACCAGAUGGCCGCUAAGGAACUGUCAAAGCGGUUUGUCAAUGAACCCAUCCAAGUUCAGUUUCACGGCGAAGAUCAAAACACGUGUUUAGCUAAUAAUAUGGGUUUGAUACAUUUCGCGGUUAGGCAUUAUGCUUUGGCUGCGAGAUUCUUCCAGCAGGCUUUACUUUUCGAUGAGUCUGCAACGAAGAAAAGUUCUACGGAAAAAGUUGAGGGUUCUCCGUUGUACUGUGUUGGAGCUACCAAACGACCGGAAAUUCUCUACAAUCAUGGAAUAACAUUACUCCAUUUGCAGCGACCAGGCGAAGCGUUCGAAUGUUUGCUGGUUGUUUUGAACUCAUACCACAACAAUCCAAGAUUGUGGCUACGACUAGCAGAGUGUUGCAUAAUGGUUCACCAGCAGACUCAAAAAGAGCAAAACAAGAAUCCUGUCACUGUUUUUCUACGCCGGAAGUACUUUCAGAAGCGACCUUUCAACAACGAAGAACAAUCUUCAGCGAUACCAAGUACGACGUUGGAGUUUGCCUCUCUUUGCCUGAGAAAUGCAAUAACUCUUAUUGAUUACCACACGAAAGAGCUGGCUAAACAAGCAGAAAUGUCUGAUAAACCAGUACCGUGGGAGAAAAUGUACGAAGGUGUCCCGUGUAAUCCCUGCAAACCGCUGAAGCCCGCAAACUUGGAGAAACUGCGCAUUGCUACCCUUAGCGCCUACAGUUAUGUACUACUUUGUCUAGGGGAAUUCACGUUAGCUCUGAAAUACGCACAGCAAAUGCUGACCAUUAAUGAUCUUCCGGAAACCUAUCACACGUUAGGAUCACUGUACAGUGCGGAAGCGCUUGUCUUGUUGAAUCGCAUUCCGGAAGCGCUAGUUUACCUGGACCCGAAACGGAUGAAGGAUUUUACUGGCGAUGAUUUUUCGACCCGAGGUUCACCGAACUGGAACAUGAACUCGCUGGAAGCGGCCCAGUCGGUGAUGCACUAUAAUUUGGCGGUCACACUGUUCAGUUUAGGUGAUAACGAGAAAGCCAAGGUGUACAUGAAUGCGUGCAGUCAUGCUGUGGUUUUGCCGCAUCUAAAAAUGCUAAAAAUGUACUCCGAACUGGUGCUGGGGAAUGUGGAAAAAGCUAAACUUAUGGCACGGUAUGAUACGCCGCGUUUAGUGUAACUUAUAAAAUCGAAUAAAAAUGAAAAUGUUGUGUUUAAUAAUGUAUUAUAA